GUUGGGGGGGGCGGUAGUUUAAUUCCGUGCCCGGCAAAUGCGGCGAUUGGUAGUACUUUUCGCACUAGAAUGCAUGCUUACGAAAGAAAAAAGUGUCGCUAGUGUGGAGCGGGGCUGGUGGAGAGGAAGGUGAAAGUGACGUUUUGAAACCAAAGGACAGUAAACGCUUCUUCUCUUCCCAAACGAGCUUGUCCCGCGGGCCCGGCGGCCGCCUCUCUACGGUCCCGAGAGAACAUGGCGGCCCCCGGCCCGCGGAGCUGCAGCCUCUCGGGCCUGCUCCCGGCGCAGACCUCGCUGGAGUACGCCCUGCUCGACGCCGUCACCCAGGAGGAGAAGAAGAACCUGGUCUACCAGUAUCUGCAGAAGGUGGACGGCUGGGAGCAGGACUUGUUGGUGCCCGAGUUUCCGGAAGGAUUAGAAUGGCUGAACACUGAAAAGCCUCUUUCUGUCUACAACGACCUGUGUGGGAAAGUGGUCAUCUUUGAUUUCUUCACCUAUUGCUGCAUAAAUUGUAUUCACCUAUUGCCUGAUCUCCAUGCCUUAGAACACACCUACUCUGAUAAAGAUGGUCUUCUGAUUGUUGGUGUUCACUCGGCUAAAUUUCCAAAUGAAAAAGUCCUGGAUAACAUUAAAAGUGCUGUUCUUCGCUACAACAUCACCCACCCUGUGGUUAAUGAUGCGGAUGCCAGCCUCUGGCAAGAACUAGAAGUUUCCUGCUGGCCAACUCUGGUCAUACUUGGACCCCGUGGAAACAUGUUGUUUUCUUUGAUUGGAGAGGGCCACAAAGAUAAAUUGUUUUUGUAUAUUUCAAUAGCUUUAAAGUAUUACAAAGAUAGAGGACAGAUCAGAGAUAAUAAAAUUGGAAUAAAACUCUAUAAAGACUCUUUGCCACCUUCACCAUUGCUGUUUCCUGGCAAAGUAACAGUAGACCAUAUUUCUAAGAGAUUGGUAAUAGCAGACACUGGACAUCACAGAAUUUUGGUCGUCUGGAAGAAUGGACAAAUUCAGUACAGCAUUGGAGGACCCAACCCUGGAAGAAAAGAUGGACUAUUUUCAGAGUCAGCUUUUAAUUCACCACAGGGUGUAGCCAUAAUGAAUAAUAUCAUAUAUGUGGCAGAUACUGAAAACCACCUUAUAAGAAAGAUUGACCUAGAAGCUGAGCUGGUGAGCACCGUAGCUGGCAUUGGAAUUCAAGGAACAGAUAAAGAAGGUGGAGCUAAAGGAGAACAGCAGCCCAUCAGUUCCCCUUGGGAUGUAGUUUUUGGAACAUCAGGUUUAGAGGUCCAAAGAGAUGACAUUCUGUGGAUCGCCAUGGCAGGGACUCAUCAGAUAUGGGCACUCCUCCUGGACUGUGGCAGCCUACCAAAGAAAAAUGAGUUAAAGAAAGGAACCUGCCUUCGGUUUGCUGGUAGUGGGAAUGAAGAGAAUCGGAAUAAUGCGUAUCCUCACAAGGCAGGUUUUGCCCAACCUUCAGGCCUCUCUGUGGCCUCAGAAGAGCCAUGGAACUGCCUGUUUGUAGCUGAUAGUGAGAGCAGUACCGUGCGAACUGUCUCACUAAAAGAUGGAGCCGUGAAGCACCUCGUAGGAGGAGAAAGAGACCCCACGAAUUUAUUUGCUUUUGGUGAUGUUGAUGGAGUAGGAAUCAACGCAAAGCUUCAGCACCCCCUUGGAGUGACAUGGGACAAGAAAAGGAAUUUACUUUACGUAGCAGACUCCUACAAUCACAAGAUUAAAGUUGUGGAUCCAAAAACAAAAAGCUGUACAACAUUAGCAGGAACUGGAGAUGCAAGCAAUAUCAGUUCCAGUUUUACUGAGUCAACUUUUAAUGAACCAGGAGGCUUGUGUAUUGGAGAGAGUGGUCAGUUAUUAUAUGUAGCAGACACCAAUAAUCAUCAAAUUAAAGUGAUGGAUUUAGAAACAAAAACGGUUUCUGUGCUGCCAGUCUUGAGUUCUGAAAAUGCUGUGGUGGAUGGCCCACUCCUAGAAGAAGAACGGAAGACGGUACCCAAACUCCCUAAAUCUGCUCCAGCCAUUAGCCUUCCCCCAGUGGUCGCGUCUCCAGGACAGACUCUUGAGUUCAAGCUAAGACUAGACCUCCCAUCAGGAACAAAGCUAACUGAAGGAGUAGCCAGUUGCUGGUUUCUAACAGCUGAAGGCAAUGAAUGGCUUCUUCAAGGACAGGCACCUUCUGGAGAAAUAGAGAGCAUUUCCAAUCAGCCGACCAUCUCACUGCAGGUUCCUAGAGAUUGCUCAUCCCCCGAAGCUGUUGUAUCUGUCAGCGUGUUUCUCUAUUACUGUAGCGCAGACAGCAGUGCCUGCAUGAUGAAGGGAAUUUUGUUCAGCCAGCCUUUACAGAUAACCAGUGCACAGCCAGGUUGCUCAGCUCCAGUGGAGCUCAAGUAUGUGUUUUAGCAGGCAAGCUAGCUAGCACACUGGUCUCUACAGCCGCCUAUUUCCAUCCUCACCAUCACUGCAACUUAUGGAAAGAAACUUAACUUCUGCCUCUGCGUUACCAAGAAACCCACUGCUCAGUUCUAGCAACUGAUAUUAAAGUAAAGCUCUGCUCCUUAUUUAAUUAUUUAUUAUUAACAGAUGCCUUCAUUCUGGCUGCAUACCAGCCAAGUCACUGACCAUUAUUUGCACCACGAUUGUAAUCUAUGCUGCCAUUUGGCAGAAGACUUAAGUCCACACUAUUAUAGUAUAGAAUAUUAUCAUGAGAUAAUUUGCAAUGAUCACUGAUAACGAUACCAAAUAUUUUAACUAACUUUUCCUACCUUUAUUAAUAAGCAGCACAUUUGAAUGUGUAAAUUUCACAAUAACCGUAAAGAAAGUCCCCGCCCCCCCCCAAAAAAAAAAAAAGUUUUCAUCACAGUAGAAACGUAAACUACCUGGGUGGUAAAUAUGUUCUUUGUUCUCUUCUGCAAUUUUCUCAGU